GUCGGGCCGGACGGCCAGGGCGGCAGGGAGGCGGUGCUCUCGGGCUGCAGGCGGACGUGGUCCGUGAGCGGCGCUAGGGCGCCCGGGCAGGCGCCUCCCCAGCGCCGGCGCCCAUUUUGCCCGCCUGCUGAGGAGAGUCGUGCGCGGCCUACACGCUUCGGGGACAGCCCUUUGAGGCGACAGCGCCGCGAACACCGGCCUCUUGAGCCAGGGCAGGGGAACGCAAUUUUGAAAGUCGGUCCUCAGACAGUUAAGGUUUUGUUUUCUUUUGUUUUAUUUCCAAGUCACAGCCCCUGAAUCUUGUACAACUCUCCCUGGACCACUUCCGGUUGCCGGCCGGCGCGUCGUAACUUCGGUUCGAGUGACCUCGGCCCGGGAUGCCCCUCAGCUCGCCCGGGGCUCACGUCGCGAUCUCAGCUUGAGUGGCGCGGGGUGGGGUACCUGGAAGUUUUAGCCUAGCUGUUCUGGAGGCGGAUUAAUUAGCCCAAGAACCAUUAUAUUCAUUGUUCUGGAUAUGCUGCAGAAGGAUCCGUGCCAGAAACAAGCCUGUGAGAUACAGAAAUGUUUACAAGCCAACAACUACAUGGAAUCGAAGUGUCAGGCUAUCAUCCAAGAACUGCGUAAGUGUUGUGCUCAAUAUCCCAAGGGAAGAUCUCUCGUCUGUUCAGGAUUUGAAAAAGAAGAGGAAGAAAACCUGACAUUGAAGUCUACAUCAAAGUAAAGUUCUGCUGACAAGUUAAAUGCUGCUCCAUGUUUCCACCAAGCAAGUUUUAUUUAUCCUCCUGACUUUCUUCAGGCCAGGUAGCAGCAAAUAGCAAAUGAAAAAGUCAGCUAUAAAAGUUAAUGAAUAUGCCAUCUAUGCAGAACAGACAGAAAUAUAUUUUAAAAACAAAUAUGUAGAAUGCAAUAAAACUGAGCUGCUAAAAUAAACCUGUUUAAA